CAACACUCAUUCCAAAUAAACUUUAGCCUUGUUAACACAAUGAAUACCAAAACGCAGCCUAAGUUUCUCCAAUCACCAUGGCCAUUCUUCAACUACGUAAACUCACCUUUUUUAUUCAAUGAAUUUGGAGAUUUUGGAUUGGCUAUGGAUGUUGACAUGGAUGACGACAACUUCGACUUCUGUCCUCCUUUCAUCACAACCGAGGACUACUCCUUUGACAACUCUAAAAUCUCAACCUUCCCAAUUCCAACCACUUUACUUGACAAGUUUUCAGACCCUCAAGUUCAUGUCAAAGAUUCAGAUAUUGCGUUGCCAGAAGAUGGUUUUUCGAUAUCUGUGGAGGAUUUUGAUAUUGAGGUAUUGUCAAAUUCGUUGAAGCAAAGUGAGGAGAGUUUGCAACUAACUUUGCCUACUGAAAACAUGGAACUCAACAAUGCAAUUCAUCUAAUCAAAGCUUAUAGAGAAGCCAUUGAUGAAGGGCAGAUUGAGCUUUCUGAGGUGAUCAUGAAGCGUAUAAGCGAGAAAGUGAGUCCGGUUGGAGGAGUCAUGGAUCAGCUUUUGUAUUACUUGUUCCAACCCGUCGACAAGCAAGCUGACUACCUUAGGCAAGAGUCUGACAAGAACUUCCGUGCAGCUUUCAUGACAUUCUACCAAAUAUUCCCAUAUGGGAAGUUUGCUCAUUUUGCGGCUAACCGAGCAAUCCUCCAAGCCAUGCCUCAUGAUGUGGAGCUCAUACAUGUCAUUGACUUUGACAUGGGGGAAGGGAUUCAAUGGCCUUCAAUGAUCGAAGCUAUCGGAUGGCAACAAAGGAAGGAGAUCAGACUUAGGCCUCAUGUUUGGGUGAAUUCAAGAUUUUCCUCUAGUUUUGGUUCAUUCUUGGAUGGGCAUUUGGUACAUUACCAAGCUUUAUUAGAAUCCAUAGAAUGGGCUUUUCCAAAUCAUCUUGGAGAAGCAAGGACUGCCUUGGAAUGUCUCUUUGUGGCUCCUUUGAUAUCUUCUCUUGCAUGGAUUCACAAAUGGGAAGAGAUGGGCUGUUGUGAUCUUCAAUUAGGGUUUGGGUUAGAGGGUUGUCAAGUGAGCAAAGAGAGCUUAAUGGAAGCCAUGGAAAUGGUGAGCGAAGGGAAGAGUCUAUAUGGGGUGAGGAUUGAAGGUGAGAAUAACAAUAGCAUGGCCCUGGAAUGGAGAGGAAUCCCAUUAGUGAGAUUUUCUUGUUGGAGAAGUUAA